UUAUUAUUAAUUAAAUUGGAUAUGCAUUUGAAUUUUUACCCUUUUAUGUAAUAAAUAAUUUACUUUAAUUCAUAUCAUGACAGUAUUUAUACUAGAACUUGAAAGUUAAUAGCAAUAAGUGUUAGUCAUUGGUGCACCAUAUAUAAACCUAGUUAGCAGGGCUUUAUUAUCCCCAAUGUGCAGGCUAAUAUAUUUGGGUAAUUAAUUGAUUAAACCUGAAGUCUUAUAUUAUACUGACUGAAAUAUUAAAUUGGAUAUUAGUAGAUUGUUAGGUUGUUUGUGUAAGUCAACAUAAAAUUUGUCCGACAAUGACAAAAUUAUUGGGAGCUGGGUCCAUGCAUGGACUCCACCACCCAUCCCUUGCAUGGUUACGUCUGACAACAUAAAUUAUUUGACUGUGCUAUUGUUUUUCUUGAAUUAUUUUCUCAUUGUACACGUUGAUUGAUCUCAUCCUUUUACAAAUGUGAAAUCUCUCACCUUAAGGGUUUUUCACAUAUUAUUUUAUAUUUGUGGGAGAAAUUAAUCACGGUACACGACGAUUUUCAAGAUAAGAGACACAAUGUAUAGUGCCUAUAAAGAGUCACCCCACAAGAGGAUAAAACUCUCACACUGCGACUGUCAUGACUCGAACCUACAUACUUGGGUGCAAUCUUCUAUCUUAUGAACCAUCCGUGCUAUGCCCGUGGUCCCCUUUACCCCUUUCCUGUUAUACAUAUUGGCAUGACAUUCACAUUUUGUAUUAUUCUAUGUUCCCCUUGCAAUAUUUUUAUGUAGGUAAAUUUGGAUUGUUAAGAUAGGAAAGACUCUGGUAAGAAGAAAUUCUUCUGGUUACUUUAUACGUGCUCUUGGUUCAACACUGAUACAUAGACGACAGAUUGUUAGAUGAUUUAUUUUUUAUUUUGAAUAGCAAUUUAGCAUGAAACAAUUUGUAUAGUAAAGAUGAUAGAUACAAUUUAUUAUUCAUUAUACUCAUUACCGAUAAUAACUGAAUUCUAUUGAAUUAAUCAAAUGUUGGUAAGUAUGUUAGUAAGUACGCUAAUGAUAAUGUGUGUGUAGAGAUUGUAACUGAGUGAUUUUAAAUCUUACAGUUCUCCAGUGGACCACAGUUCUGUUGGAAAAUAGUGGGUCGUACAAAUAUAUGGUCCAAAUUCCAAAUUCUAUUUAACCCUCGAGGAGCUUCUCUUCUUUAAUGAUGGAGGCUGCAACUUUCAGAUCAGCCGAAGCCGAGGGCUUCACCCCUUUAUCGUUAUACCCCAACUUCAUUCUCCCAGAGAACCAGCGGCCAUUGUUGUCUCAAGUCCAACCUCUCUCCUCAGUCCCCAUCAUCGACAUGAACGGGGAGGAUUCUACAGUGGCCAGGGAGGUAUCACGGGCCUGCGAGGAAUUCGGCUUCUUCCAAGUCCUCAACCAUGGAGUUCCGCCGGAUUUGUGCCGGAAAAUGAUGGCCGCCGCCUCCGAGUUCUUCCGCCUGCCGCGAGAAGAGAGAGCGGCUCUGUUCACAGAGGAUAAGACGAAGGCGGUCAGACUCACCAAUUACUUCAUCAAGGUUGAAGGGCAGGAGAAUGUGUCCAUGUGGAGUGAAAACUUUGCCCAUCCAUGGCACCCUUCCGACAGUGGAUUCACCCAUCUCUUGCCCCUCAAUCCUCCCCAAUAUCGAGAGGUUGUGGCUGAAUAUGCAAAGGAAAUGGGGCGACUAAUGAGUCGGUUGCUGGGCUUGAUCUCGCUGGGGUUAGGGCUGGAGAAAGAUUGCAUGGAGAAGAAGAUAGGCGAGGAUCCAAGGCUGGUAGCACAAGUAAAUUACUAUCCGCCAUGUCCGGAUCCAGAGCUCACCAUGGGGCUGCCGGUUCACACUGAUCUCAAUGCUCUCACCGUGCUCUUGCAAUCAGGAGGAGUGCGCGGCCUGCAAGUGAUCAAAGAUGGGCGAUGGGUGGCGGUUGAUCCCGUGCCAGAUGCCUUCGUCGUCAAUCUGGGUGAUCAAAUCCAGGUGAUGAGCAAUGGAAGGUACCAGAGCGUGCGCCACAGGGCUGUGAGCAACAAGGCAGCGGGGCGCAUGUCCGUGGGGAUGUUUUAUGGGCCCAAUAGUGGGACAGUGGUAGGCCCAAUAGAGGAGCUGCUCGAUGAGCAACACCCGCCACUGUAUCGCAGCUAUCUUUUCGGCGAGUUUCUGCGGGAAUUCCACAAGCAAGACGGCCAGAGGCCAAUGGUGAAGGAACUUUUCCAGCUGCACCACCGCGACUAACUAGAGGGGCAGGCUUUGUGUCCUUGUGGUUAUUCUUGUUUCCAAAUGUUCAUUGGAAUUUGAUGAUUAUAAUAUGUCUACUCUCUCUCUCUCUCUCUCUGUUGAUUUUUUGUUUUUUCUGUAUUUCUUUGGUUUUAUUUUAUUGUAAACCAAGUGAUAUUUUAAAUAAUUUUUCAAUACUUUCAAUCUCAUGUUG